UCUGACCAGCCCCGAGCAACAGAGGAGCAUGUUUCACUCGGGCGUGUACACAGGAGAUGCGCACCUGUCGAGUGGACUGUCUCCUGCCUAACAGGGACAAAUCUGUUGAGGACCAGUGAGGAGACUUCCACAACGCCAGACCGGCUGCAUGUGGUAAUGGGUACACUUCGGGACCUCCAGUUUGCCCUGCAACUUAAGAUCGAGGAGCUCCGCCAGCGGGACAUGCUCAUAGAUGAGUUGGAGCUUGAGUUGGAUACAAAGGAUGAGCUCAUUCGGAGACUUCAGGAAGAACUGGAUCGCUACAGAGCCACUGUCACCAUUCCAGGACCUUCUGAAGCUGGAGCAGCUUGCUCAGCUAAAGUGGAGCACAAGCAAGAAGCCAAAGGGAAAACCGUCAUAUCUGAGCCCUUCACUUUGGACCCCGUGACUCUGGCCAUGGUUUCACACAGAAGCUGUGACAAAAGCCUGGAGUCCCAGAGACUGAUUCAUGCAGCGUUUUUGAAAAAUGACUUGAUGAAGAACCUUGAUGAAGGGGAAAUCAGAGCCAUUACAGCCUGUAUGCAUCCCAGCACCAUCAAUCAAGGCUGCUAUGUCAUCCAGGAGGGGACCAAUGGGGCUCAGGCUUAUGUUUUAGAAGAAGGGAGGCUGGAUGUGACAAAAGAUGGAUUGAAGCUUCUCACAGUCGAGCCAGAAAACAUGUUUGGAGAGUUGGCUCUCCUCUACAGCUGCACCCACACCUUCUCUGUCUCAGCACAAACCGACAGCAUGCUAUGGGUUAUUGACCGCAAGAGCUACCAGACCAUCCUUAUGCAGAGUGGACUCAACAGCCUUUCUCAUUCGAUGGAGCUGCUUAGCAGCGUUCCGUUCCUGCACUCGUUGCCAGAGGAUGUCAUCAUGAAACUGUCUGACCUCACGGAGCAGACGCACUAUUCUGAUGGUGACUAUAUCAUUCGACAAGGGGCCACAGGAGACACCUUUUAUAUCAUAAGCAAAGGCCAGGCGAAAGUGACAGAAACGAAGCCGGGCCAUGAAGAGCAGUUAGUCCUUUCUCAGCUCUGUGACGGACAGUGGUUUGGAGAAAAAGCUCUGUGGGGAGAGGAUGUUCGGACUGUUAAUGUGAUCGCCUCUGGUGAAGUGACGUGCCUGGUCAUAGAUAGAGAGACCUUCAAAGAAAUCAUCGGUGGGUUGGUAUUUGACUGCAGUAAUGAGCUGCAAAGCCAGGAAUCUAAAAUCCACAUGCCAGAUAAGGACCCUGACCUCCUCUCAUCGUCCACUUUAAGUGAUUUCCAGAUAAUCUGCACUCUGGCCUUUGGGGAGUUUGGUCACGUCGACUUGGUGCAACUAAGGAGCAACAUUCAGUGUGUGUUUGCCAUGAGGGUCCUCAAGAAGACGCUGAUCCUCAACAACAGCCAACGAGAGCACAUUCUGAGAGAAGGACGCAUCCUGAUGGAGGCUCGUUGUCAAUUCAUAGUCAGGCUACAUAAGACCUUUAGAGACACUGAAUGCUUGUACAUCUUGACAGAAGCUUGUCUUGGUGGGGAUCUCUGCAGUCUCCUUAAAGAUAGAGGAUAUUUGGAUGAAUGCAGCGCCCGGUUCUUCACAGCUUGUGUAAUUGAGGCGUUGACCUUUCUCCACUGUCGAGGUGUUGUCUAUAGAGACGUUAAGCCUGAAAAUGUUGUUCUGGAUCACCAUGGUUAUGCCAAACUGAUUGGCUCGAGAUGCCUAAAGAGAAUUGAGGUGGGUAAGAAAACCUGGACAUUCUGUGGUACCCCUGGAUAUAUGGCUCCUGAAAUCAUCCUAAGCAAAGGCCACAGUUUAUCUGCAGACUUCUGGUCACUGGGAGUUUUUGUGUUUGAACUUCUGAGUGGUUGGCUCCCGUUCAGUGACCCUGACAUGAUGAAGAUUCUCAGUGAAACCAUUCGGGGCAUCGAUCACAUUGACUUUCCAAAAACCAUCAGCAAAAGCGCCUCCAGUAUAAUAAAGAAGCUGUGCAGGAGCAAUCCCUCGGAGAGAGUGGGCAGUCAGAGAAACGGGGCCAAGGACAUUCAGAAGCACAAAUGGUUUGAUGGAUUCAACUGGGAUGGACUUUGUAAAAAAACAUUAAUCCCUCCAGUAAUUCCCAAAGUUAAGCAUCCUUUGAACAGCCAAACAGAUGGUCAUUAUACAAAGGGCUCGUCAGAGCUGUGUGUGAACUGGGAUGAUUUCUGAUGUAAUAGCUGUGAACUGGAAAAAAAAUCUGUCUGAUAACUCUUUUUCUUUAAGGUUUUGUCCUUUAAAAAUAUCACUGCCCUCAGUCUUGCUGCCAUCAAGAAUCAAUUGUAUAUGAGUAUUUUUUAUUUUUUAAUGAGAUCAGAAACUGCAGAUAUUGAUUGAUAAAGGAAUCACAUUGCUGCCUGCUCUGUUGAGAUCAGACUGAUUCUGAUGUAGACUCUCUAAAGAUCUAUAAACUAUAAAGGUCAGUGCUGUCUCUGCUGUUGGAUGUAACAGUUUUAUAAACCAUUGUACUCAUGUCUCUAUGGAUGAAUGUAACUCAGUAAACCAACAUACUGCAAAA